AUGGAGGUCACAGAAGUUGAUCAGUCAGGCAGCGGCAACGCCACGCAAGUGGAAUACAGUGACAUUGAGGUGGUAUUGCUGGGAGCUGCCACAGCCAUUCUGGUCGCAGCCAUAGUUUUCGGCAACAUGCUGGUGAUCGGCGCCAUCUUGCGCUUCCGGCGUCUGCAGACAGUGACCAAUCUGCUGAUCGCGUCACUGUCGGCAGCCGACCUGAUUGUGGGCGCUGCUGUUGUGCCGUUGGGGUACGUCUACAUCCUAUCGGGCUCGUGGCAGUUUGGCGACUUCCUGUGUGAAUUCUGGACAGCCAUGGAUGUUUUAUGCGUCACGGCCAGCAUCGAAACGCUGUGCGUCAUUGCGCUGGACCGGUACCUCGCCAUCACCUCGCCGUUGAGAUACACAACGCUGCUUACCAGGGGUCGCGCCCUGGCGGCCAUUGUCGGCGUGUGGGCGGUAGCCUCACUGAUCUCCUUCCCGCCCAUCCAUUUGAAGCUCUGGGUGUCCAUGGACCAGGAGGCUCGUCGCUGCCUGGCCGACGAGCGCUGCUGUGACUUCAACACCAAUGCGGCGUACGCGGUCUCAUCCUCAGUGGUCUCCUUCUACAUCCCUCUGGUCGUCAUGGCCUUCCUCUACGCACGUGUCUAUCGAGAGGCGCAACGGCAGCUGCGCAAGAUCCGUAAGGACGAGCGGCGCCUGCAGUACCUGCGGUCCAAGGACGACGGUGGAGGUGAUGGCAGGGAGGACCCAGAAGUGUCAGAGGCAGAGAAGGACGACAAACACAGCUUUAAACUAUCCGUUAAGGAACAUAAAGCAGUCAGGACACUGGGGAUCAUCAUGGGGACCUUCACACUCUGCUGGCUUCCCUUCUUCAUCCUCAACAUCCUGAUGGCCUUUAUGCAUCUGGGGGAUAUUAAACUGCUCUUCCGCAUGCUCAACUGGUUGGGAUAUUCAAACUCUGCCUUCAAUCCGCUCAUCUACUGCCACAGUCCUGACUUCAGGAAUGCCUUCCAGCGAAUCCUGUGCUUCCGCAAAGCCCGCCGGAGGGGAAGAAGCUUUUGCACAGAGGGAGUGGCGGAAGUGACGACCACUCCUUAG